AUGUCUCUUACCGACUCCGAAGUCGAGAUGGUCAGCUCGCAGCUCCAGCGCGAGACGGACGACAUACCAGAGGAGCCCGACAUGAACCUCUCAGAUGACGCCGGACACGGCCAGUAUUAUGAGCCUCCACCGCGGAUUGCCGCUCGCUUUCACAGAUACUCGAACAAUCGCCGCAAGUCUUCGGCCGCGUCUUCGCGCCGAAAUUCAUUGUCUUCAACACACUCGCACGCCUCAAGCCGCUCGUACCGCAACAGCUGCCAGAGCCACCACAUCGCCCAGCAUCUCCGCCGCGCAUCCAUACUCGAGACCCGAAAAGCGAGACUGGCCGAACGCGCUGCACAUGCCGAACAGGUCCGGCUCCGUGCCGCCUUGGCCAAAGCAGCGCCACGCGCCUCGAACAGCGAAGACAGGGCGUUGGCAGCAAAGGUGGCGCGCGAACGUCACCUCGCCCAGGUCGCGGCUGCGUGCGCUGAAGAAGUUAGAAGGGCCAAAAAGGUCGCCGAAGACAUGAAGGAGCGCAAGGCCGCAGAAGAGCGACGAUAUCGCGUUGAAAUGGAGGAGAAGCUCGCAGACGCGGAGAAGAGACGACUCGAGCUGUACAAGCGCAGUCCCCGCAGACCCAGGACCGCCAGUUCGCCUCCAGUAGACCCGAAGCGAGGGGCCGCCGACCGACCCGUGGUCACGUCGGAAGAUGCCGCGAAGAGGAUACAGUCCGCCUGGCGAGCAAGGACGAGGAAGAACAUUGUCGAUGCAUGGAUGGAGCUUGGCCUGUCGAUUGACAAGAUUCAGGAGACCAGUUUUGAGGACAUCACAGAGUUGCUAGCAGAUGAGAAGGUGCUCAGAACGACCGAGAAGAUCAUGACUGUCUUUGUGCUUCUCCCAGACCAGGAUCCCGUCUCUCGAAGCACAGCUGUGCGCACAUUUCUCUCGGCCUACUUAAUUUUGGGACACCCGGCCCAAGUCCUCAGCCGAGACGGCGAACAGGAGCAAGACCUGAUCACCAAGGCCAAGGACCUCAUUAUAUCCUUCGAGUCUGCACUAGGAAAGCUUACCCCUUUCAACUACUACACUCCCUCGCCCACGCGGACAGAGACGGUUCUUCUUUCCCAUGGCGCAUUUACGAACGCUUUCAACAACUGGAAGGCUCGUGAUUGUUCGGCCCUAGUCGAAACCAUGGUCGCUUCUUUCAUUAGUCUUGACGAGAUCUGGCAGAGUGUCAAGGAUGCGACUGUCGACGAGGUCGCGAACGAAUAUAGGAAUGGAAUUCGUGAUAACCAGACCAUCCUACUGAGCAGGAUCAAGAAGUUGGCCGGACCCGACAAGGCCUUGAUUCUGAUCAGGAAGGCUAUUCGUGAAAGUCGCAGGGCCAGGCCAAAGAAGAAGCUCGUCGGCGAGAACAUACGGCCCCGAGUUGCUAUAGACGCCACGCCAGAUUCCCCAAUCUCUGGUGAUAGUGCAGCUAUGCAAGCUGAAGCUGCGUCAGAGCUCGCCGCUUCUGUGGGAAGCCUUCAGCCCCCAUCCGCGGAAGGACAUCAGGCCCAGUCGUUGUCAAAGGUCUUUACAGUUGUACCGGACAACCGCGUUCUUGUACAUGAGCUCUCCAUCGACAAGGAGUACCGCAUCGAUGCUUCACCAACCGCAGAUCUCAGGGACGCACUCAAUCGCGAGCUCUGCAACGCUAUGCUCAAAGGCUUUCAAGAGGGCGAUAGCACCAACUGGACUGUCGCCAUGGCCGAAAAUAUCCGUGGCAAGCUCUUGCGCUUGCUCAAGGCUGGAAACUCCAUGCAUACCCUGAUUUCCGAGACCUUGGAUCCCGAAUUGAUCAGCAGGCAAUGCAACCAAGGCUUGUUCUCGUAUGGAAAGUUCUUUGGCUUUAUUGCUACCAUACUCCCGAAGCUUUGCGCUCCUUUCCGUGAUGUGCAGGUCCAGGCUCUCGCAGAGGAGCUUCAGGAAGAGGGGGAGUUGGCGGAGAUGGUCGAGAAGCUCUUCAAACUUCUCCACGUCAUUGACUUGCUGUCCCUGGAUUACUCAAACUUCCUCUUGAUGAACGCCGCACCCACUCUGAUCAAGGAGGCUACUGGGUAUGAACAGCGCAUGUUCGCGCAAGAUUUGGAGGAGGGCAAGAUCGAACUAGACCGCACAAAGCGAUGGUGGCGAAGUGCCGCCGUCAGCAUGCACACUGAAGCUGAUCGACGAGACCCAUGGAACCAGAACAACUCCAUCAACCGACCAACUGCCCACAAAAUCUACGCUCGGGGUCUUGUUGAUCUUGCAAUUGCCACGCCACCGCUUCGUGACUCCGAGCUUCCUGAGACCCUUGAGCUAGACCGUGCCCGCAUCUCGCGUAUUCGUGAAGAGGCACUACGCAUCACGAUCAUUGGAGGCAUAUUGCUCACAGUGAAGAACCUGCUCAAGCGGGAUGUCAGAUCGCCAUGGAAGCCACAAGCCAACAGAAUGUGGGAUGUGCUGAAGGACGGCUACAUGAAGGACCCGACCACUCCAGCAAAAAUCUCGUCUCUGCUGGAGUCGUCGCAUAACAUGCCUGCCACGACACGCGCGCAGCUGUCUUCCACCAUCACUCGCUUGCUAACACAAGCUGAAUCUGGCAAACUAUCUGACCCCGUCCUCAAGGUUCUCUUCCAGCGCUUGAAGACGCACAUCUUCAACCGCGUCUCAGCUAGCAGCUCCGGCGAGCGCGUCAAGGCCGCAAGCACCGCCACCGAAGGACUUGCGACAACCGGUCUUCCGGAGUUUGUCUCCCAGGUCGCAGAAAUCUGCGAUCAACUCAGCAAAGUCAGCGACGUCGAUCGCAAGACACACGGCAAGUGGUACGAAGAAAUCGCCGAGGAAUUGGAGAACGGUGGUGCUUUGGAAGGCGAGGACCUGACGCGCUCAUCCAGCGCGGAGUCUGCGUCGACAUCUUCGUGA